AUGCGUCAAAAUUGCUCACUUUUUUCAAUGGCAGAGGAAAAUCACCAAUUAAAAAUUGAUUUAAUCUCAAAUGAAAUAAGAGAAAUAGCAUAUAAGGGACAACAAGCAACAAUAUAUCAAAUUGGUGAUGAAGUUGAAGUUGCAAGUCAAGUAUUAGGCUUCAUAGGUUCUUACUUACAUGCAACUAUUCUUUAUCCCGUUGGCGCUUUACAUUAUAAAGUUCAAUACAAGACUCUCGUGACUGAUGAUGAAACCGCGCCAUUACAGGAGACUGUACGUGUCUCUGAGGUCCGUCCUGUUCCACCUACUCUUCCACCUGCAAGGUCAAUGGUAACCUAUGCUAUUGUAGAUGUGUAUGACAAAGAGGCCUGGUGGUUCGGGGUCAUUACUGGGGAAGAUGAAGAAAAUUACCAUGUCUAUUUUCCUACUACUGGGGAGCACGUUGCGUAUUCUACUGAUAAGUUGAGGUUUCAUCAAGAAUGGUCUAAUGGCCAAUGGAUAUUUCCUUCAUUAGGAAGGACUGAUUUUUUAUAG